GGAAGACCAGGCACCACGGACCCUCUGGCUUCUCCUUUUCCUCUUUGACACAGACCCUUCCCUGUAAAAAGGAAGAGGAAGACUCACUGACCCCCCACAUUAAAGAGGAAGAGGAGGAACACAGCAUCAGUCAGGAGGGAGAUCAUCUUGAAGGACUGGUGGAGUUCCCAGUGACUGGUGUCUCUGUGAAGAGUGAAGAUGAUGAGGUCAAAGGUGAAAGUGAGGAGAAGAGAGAGGCGGAGCCUCCAAGCAGCAGCUCAACACAACACAUGACAACAGAAGCUGAUGGAGACCACUGUGGAGGAUCACAAGCAGACAAGAUCUUAGCUCCACUAUCAGAUAGUGAGGACACAACGUCACACUCUCCUGACACUGAUGAUGAACACUCUAAAGAUGAUGCAACAUGUCACACUGACAACACUCACUUCACAUGUUCUCACUGUGACAAAACCUUUAAUGACCAUUGCAAUUUGAAAGUACACAUUAAAACACACACUGGUGAAAAACCUUUUUCUUGUUCAUUCUGUGGUAAAGGUUUUACACAAAAGCGAUCUUUGAAAAUACACAUGAGAAUACACACUGGUGAAAAACCCUUUUCCUGUUCAACCUGUGGUAAAGGUUUUACACAAAGUCAACAUUUGAAAGGACUCAUGAGAACACACACUGGUGAAAAUCCCUUUUCCUGUUCAACUUGUGGUAAAGGUUUUACACAAAGUCAACAUUUGAAAGUACACAUGAGAACACACACUGGUGAAAAACCUUUUUCCUGUUCAACUUGUGGUAAAGGUUUUACACAAAGUCACAGUGUGAAAAGACACAUGAGAACACACACUGGUGAAAAACCCUUUUCCUGUUCAAACUGUGGUAAAGGUUUUACACAAAGUCAAUAUUUGAAAGUCCACAUGAGAAUACACACUGGUGAAAAACCUUUUUCCUGUUCAACUUGUGGUAAAGGUUUUACACAAAGUCACAGUGUGAAAAGACACAUGAGAAAACACACUGGUGAAAAACCAUUUUCUUGUUCAAUCUGUGGUAAAGGUUUUACUAAAAGGCAAUCUUUGAAAAGACACAUGAGAAGACACCCAGGAGAGAAAGUGUUGAGUUGCAGUGUGUGUGGUGAAAGAUUGUCUUCUAAGUACCAGUGUAAGAAACACAAGUGUGCUGGUGAGAACAGCAGCAGCAAAUGAAACUGCAGGAUUUGAAAUAAACUGUCAAGACUUUAAUGUUGACUUUCUAACAACAUCAGCACAUAUAACAUGUGUGACAUCAUUGUUGUUUGUGUAACUAUCUUUUUAAUAUGCUUCUACAUUUAUAGAUUAGAUAGUUUGAAAUAUUGAAGUAUUCCAUAUUUGUAUUUCUACUUGGUAAUGAUCCCAUAGAUGAUCACCUUUAUAUGAUGUACAUAUGUACUGGUUCACAUGUGAAACAUCUUCUGGACCACUUCAGGAAGCAUAUUAUUAUUUACUUUAUACAUCAUUUGAACACUUGUCUUUUAUACCAUUUUAAAAUGUGUGACUUUAUGAAUUAUUUGUUGGGUCUCUAUAAUCCAUUUUAUUAAUGAUCUUUAUUACUCUCUUUUGUAAUAUGAUGAUUGUUUUAUAUGUAUGUCCCCAGACCUUUAUGCAAUAUAAAAGUGAGAGAAAAAGGCUGAAUUGUUUGUGGAAGGAUGUUUAUUUUGUAUUUUUACAAACUUACAUUCGUGGAUAAAACAAAAAUUCCCAUUAUUGGGUUUUAAACAUUUUUAAUGUAUGUUUUCUUUUUAAACAUCCCCAAAACAAUAUCAAUAUCAAUCAAAGUUUGGAGUGUCAGGCACAAGCCAGUAUUGUACAUCA